AUGGUUUCGUCAAAAAGAGAAAGGAACGACCUCGUAAAGAUAAAUUUUUUAGCACUGGGUAAUACUUUAAAGUUUAGCAAAGAUGGAAUGAAGAAUACGAGGAGAAGAGGAGAAGUGAAGGGGCUGAGAGUCAAUCCUAGUACAUAUCAUCAUAGCUUUGUCUCAUCAUCUCUUGCUCGGUACAUGGAUGUUUCAAUUAAACAUGAUAUCAAGUCAAUCCUGAUCGAUCCUAAACUCUAUCGGCAGUUGCUUAGAAUGCAGAUUUUCCACGAGGGAACGUUACGUUGGUUACAAGUUCAAAUGCAAGAUAUUCGGACAUUAAUUUCAAUAUUCGAAUAUGCAAAAUAUCGUUUAGUAACGUGA